UUACUGGUUUGAACUACUUUUGGUUUUGUGGGAAAGUAGAAGCAUAAAGAAACUUUAAAUGUCAAUGAUAUGUGCUGAUACGUCGUUGAUCCUACAAAAACUUGAAGCUUCAGGUCUCUUGUAUAUAUGUUCAAAUGUACUGGAAGGUCCAAAUGUAUGCUAAGAAAUGUAGGUGUGCCGGAAAGCUCUGGGAGGUAAUAUUGUGAGAAAAUUACUGCAGUACUAUUGUUGAAGCUUUUAAUGAAUUUUUUAAAGAAUCUUAGUGAGUUCUGAAAUGCCAGUCUUACUCUGCAAUGCAAAGCCAGUGUUAAGUAUGCUUCGCGUUUUCUUCUGUUUCACUGGAUGAUUUUGCCUGGCGUUCCUCUCAUCGUUAUCGGACAAAAUCCGCUUUGUUUUCCUGCCUUUUAUUUUGAUCCUCAGCCCCUUUUGUUUACUUUUCUCAGCCCUCUCGAGUGUUCUCCUUUCUAGCAGAAGACACAACCCUGCAGCAGAUGUGUCUCUGUUUCGGGUACAUGGUACCUCUGCUUACGAAGCCAGAGCACCCGGCUGUGGCCAGAAAGACCUCCCUUUAGCUGGGAGGUGGCUGUAGCAGCAUGUACACAGCACCCCAUCUCUUCUGCUCCACCUGAGCGGGGGUACGUUGCAGGGAAGAAGGGGGUGAAGCCAGACAGACCUGCAGUUCUCACCAGCGCUGCCAAAGCCACAGAAAGGCUUUCUCAGCCUUUCAUCCACGUCAGCCCUUCUGCUCAUCAUCAUCUUGUCCAUAAAUCUAGUGCCUUUCUAUGCUGUUUGGUUUUUUUGUUUGUUUUUUUUUUUUUUUUUUUAGCAAUGCUGGGCACUCCUUUAGCAACAUCAAACUGGACAAGUUGGGGUUACUGGGGAGCUCUGAAGCUGGCCUGCCUGCAUCCCACUGCAUGCUGCCCACCGUGGGCAGUGAAACCCCAUCGCUGCUCUGCUGGAGGCUGCAGCAGCCUCCUGCUCCGCACCUUCCCCAUCCAUCGCAGGUACUGAGCAGUCCCUGGCAGUGGAGGCUUCUUGGAGUCACACGUGGGUGUUAAGUCACUCCAGUCUCAGCUGUGUUUUAAGGCACCUCCAGGAGCUUUAACCACUACAGGUCUCUGUUAUUAAGAGCAGAACUGCCCCACAGCUGUGAGGCUGAGAUCUAGAAAUAGGAGCCCAAGAAAUUGGAUCAAGGCAUUAAAAAUCCAGGAACUUUUUUCACUGGGAUUAGGGAUUUUUUUUUUGUUACAGAUAGGGGGAUGGCACAGGGAGUGUACUUCCCCCUCCCUGCCCCCCCCAGUCUCCAAUUGUUUUGCAUGAGUCACUGGUGCUGAUUAAAGCCCAGCCCAGAUUAAAUAUAUUAAGGUGACUCCAUUACCGCUGUGUCAAGGAACAGGAAGGUAUAAACUGAUAGAUGGACGCAAUCGCGCGGUCUGACCCUCUGUAUCCAGUAGGUCCGUAUGUCAGUUAUCUCUCAGGUGGUGGUGGUUAGUGGAAAGGCUUGUGCAAGAGCCAAGAAAAAAGGAACGAAAGGUUAAGCCUGGAAGGGUGGAGAAGGGAAGAGGUGGGCGUGAAGAGGAACUGAAGAGCUGGCAAAGGGGAUUCAGCUUCUUGCAAACAUGCAGCUUCAUGAAAUCACAGCUUAGAUCUGCGUAGCUGAAGGUUUUUGGGAGCUGGAAGAACAAAAUCUCUUCUCUUUUAUAAUUUCUCUAGUCCUGACUAGUGCAAUGGGGGUGCAAAAUUUUUGUCUGUAUUUGGUGUCCUUGGGUUGGAGGAAGCAUGCAAAUGAUGCAGCUCCCAGACCAUGCACUUUCCAGAACAUGGAACCAUCAUUUCCAAAUUGUAGUAUUUGAGGCAUCAAUGGAAACAGGGUGAAAUGUUUGAAAGAAUUGAAAAUACCAGGCCUAGAGAUACUUGGAGGUUUUGAAAAGCUGUUUUUGUUCUUGGAGAAAGCUAAUUUAGCAGAACCAAAACUUUUAUUGUAACUUAACCUCGGCUGAACUGUUGACUCUUCCAGAGGAGAUGCAGAAAGAAAGAGCCUCUAUGAACCAGAAGGCCAAGGUGAAGAGUGGGCCUGUCUGCAGGUCAGGAGAGUCAGGUUCAGGUCUCCUUCCAGACAGUCUGUCUGAGCCCCCGUCAGCAUUUGCGUGUGUAGUGGAAAAACUUCAUCAGAACAGAAUGGGAGAGACAUCCCUGAACAACCUGUCACUUAGAGCACUGCCCUGUGGCGGGAAAGGUUCCUGCCCUACCACCAGAUGUAGAUGCACACAUGUGCCUAAUUUAAUCAAAUACACACUGUUCUGCUAUAUGCAUACACGGACGUUGGAGAUUUUUUGCAGGCAAUGUAGUGAGCAGCCAUGGGAGGUGGCGCACAGCGUCGUUUCUCUUCAGUUUGUUGCAGAAGUACUGCAUGACGCACGUCGUGUCCGAACAGGAGCUGUCAUCCUGAAAAAGGAGGAAACAAUCAGUUUGACCAUGAGUAGCAGCCAACAUGGAUUUCUCAAGAAUAAAUCACCUCCUUGUUGUCAGGUACCAGCAAUUCAGAUCCUGACUUACAAAACAACAGAAGUGUUUUGUGCUUGGUCUUGCUCUAGUUCUUCAGUAGAUGCAGAUCAACAUCUCGGGGCCGCCUUCCUGCAGCCUAGGAAAGCACAGAGGUUGCAGGUCAUAUUCAUGAUGCACUCGCAAACUCACAGGAGAGUUUCCAAAAUGACGGCUUGGUUUUAGUCAACGCUGCUGUUUUCCUCACCUUUGUGAGCAAUGGAGCCGCACCACAUCAGCAUUGUAAUACAGAGGAGGGAAUACUACAAGCACUGAUAAUAAGCAUGAGGGAUUUUUAUGUUAUCGCCCACUAGUUUGCCUAUGGUCUGGUGUGAUUCAUCAUCUUCGCAAAAUGGGAGAGCAGCUACAAAGAGAGCAAUUUAGAAAUCUCAUCCAAUUGAGCUGUGAGGAAAUCAGACAUAACAAAAGAAUGGAAACAGUUGCUGUACCCCAGGCUUACUGUAAAACCUUCACAAAUUGCAAAAAAAUACAAAUAUCAUGAACUGUGAAGUCAGGAAAGAAGGGAUAACUCUGAGAGGGUCUAACGUAUGUAUAGUGAAACCAUACUGUCAGGCUUUUAACUUGCUGUGAUUUAGGGAGCCUAGUUAUAGAAGAGGUAUGUACCUGCAUUAGACCUCCCAGGUUUUCAAGGCUCUUUUGCUUUCUACCCGUCUGUUAGAUGAGUUUUCAAAACAAGGCUGUGCAUUUGAAUUGAGGAAUUUCUAGAGUCUGCCAAAAAAAAAGUGGAAAUUUUUUUUCCUUCCUCUUCACCCUCCAUCUCUGCCAACAACGGACAGUGUUGUCUGUCUUGUAAACACUUCAAGAAUUGUUUGUUUUAGAAGCCAUGCCAAAUACACCGUUUUUCUGAAUAUUCAGCACUGGUUCCUGAGAUAAGUGUGUCACUUCUUUGUUUAGUGUUUUAGCUGAGGUUUUAUGUGUCUCCUCUGUAUCUCCAUAGGGUAUUUAUUUAUCUGCAGAUCCUGAAUAUUUUGAACGUGACGGUUAAUAAAUAAAUAUAUAAAAUCCCUCUCAGGAUCGGGGGCAGGGGGGACAGGAGAAAGGGAGAAAUAGGUCUAUUUUUUAACAAGAAUAAUUCAUCAAAAUCAGUAAUUGUUUUGGUUUUUUGUUUGGUUUGGGGUUUUUUUGCUUGACUGGUGUCAAAUAGCUCAAGCUGAAGUUAAGCUGGGGGUCCUGGUAGGCAAGUUGAACAUGAGCCAUCAGUGUGCCCCUUGUACUAAAGGCGGCUGCUGUUAGGCAGGGUGUUGCUAGUCAGUCAAGGAAGGUGAUCCUUACCUUCUGCUCAGCACUGGUGAGACACAUCUGGAGCGGUGAGUCCAGUUCUGGGCUCCCCAGUAUGAGAGAGACAUGAACAUACUGGAGAGAGUCCAGCAAAGGGCCACAAGGAUGAUUCAGGCCUUGGAGCAUCCAUCAAACAAGGAGAGG